AUCUCCCCUCAUUUCUCCACUCUCUUCUUAUUUAUUCAUUCAUGCAUUCAUUCCCAUCUUAGACGACUGCUUUUCUUCUCCCUUCUCUGUCUCCAAAACGCUUUCGUGGAAAUAACUCUCCCACUUCCAUCAGAGAAAAUUAUUAAGGUUUUAGGAAAAAAAUGGCGAAGGAGCAAUUAGAGGUGCUAAACGCGCUUGAUGCUGCCAAAACACAAUGGUACCAUUUCACGGCGAUCAUAAUUGCCGGAAUGGGAUUCUUCACCGACGCAUACGAUCUCUUCUGCAUAUCCCUUGUUACCAAAUUAUUAGGCCGCAUAUACUACCAUGUCGAUGGUGCACCUAAGCCCGGAUCCUUGCCUCCCAAUGUGUCCGCUGCCGUGAACGGCGUUGCAUUCUGCGGAACACUAUCAGGGCAACUCUUCUUUGGCUGGCUCGGUGACAAGCUCGGCCGGAAGAAGGUCUACGGUAUGACGCUAAUGCUCAUGGUCGUCUGUUCAAUUGCCUCCGGUCUCUCUUUUGGUCAUGACCGGAAAGCCGUCAUGGCCACCCUCUGCUUCUUCCGAUUCUGGCUUGGAUUCGGGAUUGGCGGCGAUUACCCGCUCUCCGCCACUAUAAUGUCGGAAUACGCCAACAAGAAGACUCGCGGAGCGUUCAUUGCGGCCGUAUUUGCAAUGCAGGGGCUUGGAAUUUUGGCCGGUGGUUUCUUUGCUAUUAUUGUUUCCUCCGCUUUCCAGGCUAGAUUUCAUGCGCCGCCUUAUGAAGUCAGUCCACAGGCCUCGAUGGUUCCUGAAACAGACUACGUUUGGCGGAUCAUCUUAAUUUUCGGAGCUUUCCCGGCAGCUCUCACUUACUACUGGCGAAUGAAGAUGCCGGAAACCGCCCGGUACACUGCUCUGGUUGCCAAAAAUGCAGAGCAGGCUGCGUCGGAUAUGUCGAAGGUCCUGAAUAUGGACAUUGAAGCAGAGCCGCAGAAGAUAAAGAAUUUAACACAGGAAAAAUCUCAAUUUGGGUUAUUCUCCGGAGAGUUCUUCCGCAUCCAUGGACUUCACUUGCUCGGAACGACCACCACUUGGUUCUUACUUGACAUCGCAUUCUACAGUCAAAACCUUUUCCAAAAAGACAUCUUCAGCGCCAUCGGAUGGAUUCCUCCGGCUAAGUCCAUGAGUGCAAUUGAAGAAGUUUUCAAAAUCGCAAGGGCCCAAACCUUAAUUGCCCUCUGCAGCACCGUCCCCGGUUACUGGUUCACGGUGGCUUUCAUCGACAUAAUUGGAAGGUUCGCGAUCCAACUGAUGGGUUUCUUCUUCAUGACAGUGUUCAUGUUCGCCCUCGCCAUCCCAUACGACCACUGGACCCAUAAAGAGAACCGAAUUGGGUUCGUGGUGAUGUACUCACUAACAUUCUUCUUCGCCAACUUCGGACCCAACGCCACCACCUUCGUCGUCCCGGCAGAGAUUUUUCCAGCGAGGUUCAGGUCCACUUGCCAUGGCAUAUCGGCAGCAGCUGGAAAGCUAGGCGCCAUCGUGGGUGCAUUCGGGUUCUUGUAUUUAGCUCAGAAUCAAGACAAGGCCAAGGCGGAUACAGGAUAUCCUGCAGGCAUCGGAGUGAAGAAUUCCCUGAUUGUAUUGGGUGUAAUCAACGCCUUGGGUUUCCUUUUCACUUUCCUGGUGCCCGAAUCCAAAGGGAAAUCUUUAGAAGAGAUUUCUGGUGAGAACGAAGGAGAUGAAGCAGAGGAAUAGAAGUAGUCAUCAGCAGCUUUUUUAGAGUACGUUUGAUUUGAGAUAAAUCAAGGGAAGGAGAUAAUGAUUUUUUUUAUUACGUUAGUCAAUGUUACAAUUUGAUUGAUAAAAAAAAUUCAUCCCUACACCCUCGUCCCUCUCAUAUGUUUUCCUCGAACCAAACCCUACCCUUGAUGUUUCAUCAAUUUAACUUGUAAGUUU